AUGAUUUGGAUGAAUCACGUACAGUGCGAUGGAAGCGAAAGAUCUUUAGUCUCGUGUACACAUAAUGGAUGGAAAGAUCACAGCUGUGCAAAAGGUCAACUUGCUGGUGUGGUUUGCAGUAUUCCAAAAGGUCAACAUCAACUUUUAACUCCAAAUAUUAUCAGUUUUUAAUUUACGGGCUAACGCACUCUAACGUUCUAUCAAAAAUUCUGCAAUCUGAUUGGCCACGCGACUCGCUAUCUAUUCUGUGAUAGAUAGUAGGUAAAGCGAGCUUGCAGCUGUAAUCUGAUGAUAAGAUUAGUAACUCCCGAUUUUCCUUGCGAUUUUUUAUCAUGCAACAGUUUGGGUCGACAAUAGUGCCUUAUGUUGUGGUGUAGUUGAAGUAGUAAUCUAACAUGUCAAAUUAAAGUUUUUGUGAUCGGUAACUAUGAAAUGGUGCAUAGCAGUACGGUAAAAAAAUGUUGGCUCUAGUUAAUUUGUAUUUGUAAGCGGACUUUUAAUUUGUAAGAUACAUAGUAAGAGUUGAGUUGACUCUUACUGCAAGAUGCCUUUUUACAUAGAAUCUGUUACAAAGUGUUUUAUUAAAAUUCAUGUGAGAUUUCUGCAACCGCACUCAACCCAACUCCAAAGGUAUUUGAAUAAGUUUGAAAACUGAAUUUUGGUUCAAGUAACCAUAACAUUUGAAGGAAAACUAUUUAUUGUUAAAUUUAUUGACAAUUGGUUAAUCUUUUCUUAACAGUAAGGCUUGUUAAUGGAACAGCACCUUACAAUGGUCGUGCAGAAAUACUCUACAAUGGAGAAUGGGGUACAAUUUGUCAUGAUUAUUGGGACAAUCCAGAAACAAAUGUCUUCUGUCGUCAGCUCGGAUUUGAAGGGGCAAUUACAGGACUUCGCUCUGCUGCUUUUGGAAAAGGCUCUGGAAUGAUAUGGAUGGAUGACAUCAACUGUACCGGACAGGAGACUGCAAUAUCUCAGUGUGUACACAAAGGAUGGAGAGUAACAGACUGUAAACACAACCAAGAUGCUAGUGUGAUCUGCAUCCCAAAAGGUGAAAUGAUCAUAAAAAAAAUCAUGUAAUAUUAUUAUUGCAGACCUUAAUGGCUAUAGGAAGAACGCUUACUCCUUGUGUUCUGUCGUUAAUGGAUAAAAUUUUUUAAUUUUCUUUCUCUGUAGUGGCGGUAUUGAGACCGUAUUUGACAAGGUGCGAAUAGUCUUUGAAGAUUAUGAAUAGCACUUGUCACCUUUCCAUAAGCUCUUUGCCUCUUCCUUAGGCUAACUUUGUCCUGACUGUAAACAUUUUCACAUAAAUCGCGUAUGAGGUAUAGAGGUAGCCAUCUAGUCACUUAAGUCGUAUUCUUUAAAGUUCAUCCUCCAUAGAUCCACUGAUAUUUUUCAUAUAUGACCCCUAAAUACUUUAAAGACGCAUUCGCUUGGAAAAUAUACACUCCUAUAACUUGGCUUAGGAACGACUAACACCGAUCUUUUUGCUAUUAAUUAGUUCGCCUAGGUGGAGAUAAAUAUUUAGGCGAGGGUCUGGUUCAAGUUUAUCACGAAAAGACAUGGGGCUGGAUAUGCAGUGAAAAAUGGAAUAAACAGAAUGCUGAUGUGCUUUGUCGAGAGUUAGGAUACACAAAUGCUUCUUCAUCAUACAGCAGUUCCGCAAACACGGUUGGUGAGGUGUGGAUGAAUAAUGUGCAGUGUCAGGGAACUGAAAGAUCGUUACUUUUCUGUGCCCAUGAUGGUCGGAAAUCUCAUAGCUGUAUAAACGGUCGAGUGGCUGGCGUAUUUUGUGUUGUUCCUGAAGGUAAGCGAAUUUUGUAAUCAGACAAUUUCCAAACAAAUUUCACCGACAGAAAUCGAUAAAAUGAAUUUAAGAGUGUGUCCACGAGAGCAUCAGACAGUCGUGCUACAUGCUAUUCCACCGAUUUCAAUGAAACCUUGCUAGUUUAAAGGCUCUAGCCCAAAUUUCACACAGACAGAAUGGUCUCUGUUUUGGUCAUUUCCAGGGGGAGAUUGACCACCCCUAGUUUUUCCUGGUUUUCCAAGAAAAUCGCUUCAAAAUAGGUUGAAUGUAUGAAGCUCUCACUGCGAUGGUAUUCGACUGAAUACUUUGAGAGUUUGCAUAAAUAUAUUGUUACAUCCUUAAUAAAUAUAAGACGUAAGUAGCAGUCAAUUUGAAUGACAGCUUAUCAAUCAACAGAGGCAAAUAAAUGACUGUGUUUUCAGACUAUUCGAUUCAUCCAAAUUUUGAUAAUUUUGGGGUCAAAUAUCUCUCCUUGCCUGAAAGCUGCAACACUAAUCUUAAUUCCUCUUUAUAAUCCAUCAUUUCAUCUCUGAAUAACUUCGAAAAAAUAUUUGGGCACUGCCGUAUUUUUGUUUUGGAUGCCUUUUAAAAUCUGAGACCGUAACAAGCUUCUAUCAACCACACCUGUCACGCAAUUCUGGCUCUAAGCUGUCACUUGAGAAAUAAACCUAUAUUUCAUAGCUUGUUAUUCAUGGUUAUUGAUUAGGAGGCUAUGAAAUGUAAACAACUUCUUUUUGUAGGAAGGAUAAUUAAAUGUUAAGAGAGAGGCAUGUUGACGAAAUGUUGAUGGGAGAAUCGUAGGGUUUCUUUCUUCUGUCGUUUAAUACUUUGGAGAUUUGCUAAAAUCAGGAAAUAUGGCUUUUGUGCGGCACAAAACCUUAAUUUUAUAACUGGUCUAUGAUUUGAUUGUUUACUAUCAUUAUUGCACAGUUCACAAUAAGGAAACUGCAACAGGAGAGGAGAUUUUAAGUCACAUGUCGCGUGCUGGAUGACGAGAAACUCUUCCCCUUCGUUUGAAAGGAAAUAUCUAUAGUUCCAUCAAAUUCAUAAACUGCGCUAUCUUUCCAGAAAAUAAAACUGGAAGAUGUCGUUUCCACUUUCCACCAUAAAGAAAUUCCACGCUUCAGAAACAGCCUUUGUGGCGUGACUGCGUGACCUUUCUCCAAAAGUACAAAAACUUUGUUUAGCUUUCUUUUUUUUAAGGUAACAUUUCUAUAAAUUUCUUAAGCCUUCUGUUAUCUUAUUUGCGUUCUUCUGACAGCAAAUAUCAUCUUUAUCUGCCAUUAUUUUCGCUGAAUGUCAUGGCCUUUCCUGCGUGCACGAACCAUGACGAGCCAGACGUUCUUAGCAACCGAAAAAAGAGCUUUGGAUCCUGCUGAGAUCGAGGAGUUUUACUCCACGAUCUCAGCUUGACGUCCAGCAGCUUGUAACAUUCCAUUGUAACAAUAUCCCUGCUACUGAUCAUUUAUGUUACGCUGAAAGUGCGAACUUUCGCGCGAGCGUGUUAUAAUCCUGAAACGAGAGUGUGCGUUUAUAAUUAAAAUUUCUAUUUUGGUAAUUCAAAACGUGUCAGUGAAUGUAUGCCACGUUUGGAGUGAAUGACGUAUUUUGGCUCUUUGAUUUUUAUCAAUAGGCCGGGAACAAAAGCGAAAGCGGACGAGCCGACUUUAUUUGCUGACUUUCCAAGUCAGCUUUCCUUUUCUGAAACCGCUCUAUUUUCUGGACCGUAAACCGCCAGACAAAUACGUACGUGCCAGCAAAUUGAUACUAAGAAAGAGUAUAAUAGACCCUUUUUGUUGAACGAAUCUCGGAUUUCGUCAUUUUGGGUCAUUUUUAACACUCACGCGAAAUUCCCCCUUUUUUAAGUCUGCCUGAAAUGAACAAGGGACGAACCGGACGCCACGACUUUUGCCUUCGAUUAAUGCACGCAACACGCUCACGCCACGACUACAAACGAAACGGGUAUGUCGAUCAAAAUGAGAACGUUGCUGGAUUUGACGGCGAAAUUUAGCCGUUUAAACCGUGAAGUAGUGCGAAUUCAGCAUGUUAAAUUUUUGAUACUGUAAAAUUUCGGUUAUAAGCCCUUGCCUAAUACUAACUACUUAAUAACCGGGCGCGAGGGCUUAACUGUAAAAUUCCAGACUGAGGGAUGAAAUUUUUGCUUUAUGGACCGAGCCUCUGGGCGAGGUCCAUAAAUCAAAAUUUCGGCCCGAAAUUAUGGAAUUUUACAGUAAAGCCCGAGCAAACAAGGUUAUUAAGUUUUUCUAUAAUAUGGCUUCAAGUAGGUAAAGCGCGCGAAAUAGAGUGAACUUCUACAUUGCCUUCAUUUUCCGUCACAAUUUCGUCAGGAUAAUAAAAUUCAGAAAAGAAAUAUUUUCAGAACGCAUAGUUAAAGAAGAGAUACGUUUUUUGUUCAAUUUCUUGCUUUUUUAACGAAGUUCCUUUCAGCGCAAGUCACUAAGUUCGCUAGGUUUUGUAAACCAAAACCGUGGCGGAAAAAAUCUGCUAUGCCCGUGGGCGUUUACCGGGGGAUUACGGACCGCUAACUAACCAAUCUGAGCGCGCGUACUAUCGCAGCCAUAUAAUAAAACUUUGUAAAGGGUUUUGGGUAGGUUUAGCGGAUUGAAAAGCGUUUGGAAACAAGCCAUGGUAAUGUUGAUCUAAAUUCGUUUUUAAUUUAAAGUCAUAUUAAAGCAAAAUUUCCAGUUAGCACUGUCAUCCAGCAGAGGGGGAAAGGGGGGUUAUCGGGGGGCCUAUAACCGGAUUGUUUUGUCUGCAGGUAGAUAAUCUAACCAGAAUUUUACAGUAUACACUUCGGGCCGUUUUACACGGUACGAAAUUAUCGCAGUGUAUUCAACAAUUUCCCAGGCUGAAGUCGCACGUUUUUAUAUUUUAAAAGCCAGCCGUCUAUCAUACUGCAUUUUUUUUUUAUUUCAACCAGUACACGACUGAAAUAGGACACAUCCAAAGCCCGCUCGCGGUAGUCUCCCCCACCCACUAUAUGAUGCUAAAGUUCCCACUGAGGCAAGCUUUCACACGCGAAGUGAAAACACUUGGUAACGUUAUCGAUCAGUAGGAAUGCCUGCGAGUGUGUUAAUCGACCGAACUACAUAACUUGAAUAAGUACGCUACGGUUUUUUUUUUUUUUUUUGGAUCAUUGGUUUUCGCCCCCUUUUUCUUUUUGUUUUCGGCACCACGUUUCCGUAUUACAUUUCCAUAUUAUUUGAAAUGACACCCCCGAAAAAAAAAAAAAAAAAUUGGAUGAUGAAUAAAUUUGGAACUUAUUGAACAAUUAUUUGUUUGUUCAUUCAAAGAGGGUAUUCUUACGUUAAAAAAAUAGCCGAAUAGCCGCUAUGAUGGAAAGGGUAUUCUGAUAAUAGUAAUGAAAGGUAGCAUCGUGAGGGAAUAACAUCAUUUUCCAGGUUCUUCCAUUCCAUAAUCUAACAGAAAUACUUAACAAUUAUUCCACGAGUACGCAUUGGAUAUGAGCUGGUAGAUAGCCAACCAGAGGAUUGAAGUUGGCUUUAACCAUGUCUUACCCAACACACGCGACUGGAGAAACUGUUUUAAUAAGAACUACCACGUGGUAACAACGAAUCUUGCUAUAUUUAUUUUAUCGUAAGGAAGACAAUUUUUGUAAAGAAAACCAUCCACUGGCCGCUAAACAAAUCAAAACUUAGUUAUACAACUUACUUGACAACAUUUGGUGAUUGAAAAGUACUCUGACGUUAAAAUUAAACAGUGGUAAAACAACAGAGUAACAAAAAGUUAAAAAAGUAACAUUUUUAAAUUUGCACGACAUUCUCAUGUCAUCUUUAGCUUUACAGCUGUACAUUUGAUUUUUCCAGUGUAAAUAGUAUGUUAUAAGGUUACGUCAUAAACCUGACGUCAUAAAUUUGAAGCUACUAUGUUCCGUUGCGAUUCACUGAAAGGGAAAAUUUUGGAAUAAGGUUUUUGCUGAGAGUCUUGCUGCUUAACAUGGAAGUAGCCGAACAUUUUCAACUUAUUAAAAGAUACAAAAGUUUAAUGGUAAGAAUUACUGAUAAUUAGUGAAUUGGAGAAGGGAGCGUAAAGAAAAUUUCUCUUUUCGCGGCAGUGUCUCAAACGUUUUGGCCAAACUUGUAGCUGGCUUAUGGCUUCGAAGAGAAUAAACUACCGGCAAGCAAGCAGUUUCAUUAUGUCCUUCCUGUGUGCUGUCAUCUCACUGAAAUUCCACGACCGUGAAACAACUUGAGGUUGUGAAGAGGUCAUAAAAUCAAGGGCCGCUAGAAUAACCCCAACGCCACAACUGCCGCUUCCAAUUAGUUGGCCAUCUGUCGGUUGUCUCGGCAUUCCAAACCUUUUGAAUGUUUUUGCAUUACGCCAGUCAUCCAGAGAAAAGUCAUCGCAGUCUGGAAACUUGGACUGAAGCUCACUUAUGAUAAGAAAGACAUAAGAAGUUUUGGAGAAAGAAUAUCCAAGGCCAUCAUCAAAAUACGCUUCUUUGUUUUUUACAUCGAGGACCAUUAGUCCCCAAUGUACAUUGUCCAUGUUUACCGGAACCAAUACCAAGCUUAAUAAGCCAGGCUUGACAUUUUGCAACAUUUCUUCAAAACAUUGCCGGAUAAAGCUUCUCUCUCCCGUGUUGAGCCAGGUAAUAGUGUGCGCUGGAAGACAGAGUAAAGACUCGUUUAAAUCACAUUUACGCUGCAAUCUGGAAAUUGCUGUGUCAAUUACAGUGUUACCAUCUUUUGUUAUUGAACUGCAUGAUAAGUAUGUUAAGAUACAACUUUACUUUUUAUCAAGUCAACAAAAUUUCCUGAGAGUGGUUUCUGGCCACCUUAUACUUCUAAAAGCGCUCCUGUAUGAUCAGCAUGUUGAUAAGAUACAACAUUUUGCAAAGUUACCAAAACUUCCUGGGAGUGGUUUCAUCGCCGAAGUUAACAGAACUUCCUAGAAGCAAUUUUCGAGCUUUGGAGCCACCUUUUCAACAUCUCCCAGCAAAUAUAUAGCCACAUUUGAAGCAGUAACUGACAAUAACCUAUGGAAUGGCCUAUCUAAAAAUAAGAGCUGGAAAGUGAUGGAAACUAUUUGUCAGCCUCUUUUAUUCUACUUUAUAUUUACUUAUAUUAACUUUGUUACAUGCGAAAAAUUCUGUGUAAGGCAUUCGACAUGCAUAUGACUAUAUUGCAUAGUUUAUACAAUGUAGCACUCUACUUGAAGGCUACAUAACAUAUAUUGACUUACUGGUCAGUGAACUUGUAAAAUGAAUUGCAUAUUUCUUUUGCCAUCUGCCAGAUAAAGCAAUAGCUAAAGAGUUGUCAUGGUUCCUGUUUGUUUCAAGUAUGCAUUGCUUGUAAUUAAAACUUAUUACAUCACUUACAUUUUUGUAGGCAUCCUGUUGAUACUGAGCAACAUAAUUCUGGACUUCCUUUGGGUACUUCUUGUUUUUUCGAAGAAUGGACAACUUUGCAACAACUUCCUGUUGUUUUGUUUUCCAGAACUGUAGCUUAGUAUCUAACUCCUGCUGUAGCAGACCUAACAAAACGGUCCCAAAUAAUGAGAGUGUCAAAGGGAUUUUGCUUGUUCACAAAACUGGAGCCUUAUUUAAUUGAAAUGUUUAAUAAAUGGUAUUGCAUAGCUUUUCAAAGUGGUGUUUAAAGAGAUGAUAACGGUCCUUUAUAUCACAUGUUAAAGAAAUAAGUUUUCUUUUUGUAUACGUUGUUAUAAUAAAUUGCAAGUUUUAUGGGAUGUUAAGCUGGCUUAACAUCCCAUCAAACUCACUAAGCUGGGUAUUACAUUGAACCCAGUGAAAAGAGAAUUUUCUUACCUGUACUGGCAAUGUCAAGUGUGUCAGUGUGAGUUCCCCAAUCUCUAAAAAACCUUUCCUGACUCGUUCAGAUGCAAUAAUUUUAAUAAGUGUGUUGCAGUGAUAACAUAAGUAUGCGAUUCACAUAAAGGACAACACAAGGAAUAGUGCAUAUGGCAAGCACUUCAAUGAUCAAUAUGACUGAGCAUUUACCAGUAUUAUAUAAGAAAUAAUGAGCUAGAACUGACAGUCGGUCAUCAGGAAAAUGCCAGCCAGUUUGGUCAUGUUUGACAAAACUGCAACUGUGGUCAAACAUUUAGGUAACAAAAUUAAUUGCUCAACAUAAUUCCGUAGAUUAGAAACAAUUUCUCAUUUAGUUCAGUUGCUACACAUACGAAAGGAUGAAAUUUAAAAAGAAAUUUGAGAACUAGAAUCAAAAUAAUCAUAAAAAGUUUUGUUAGACCAGAGGGAUUUUGAAAGUCAGAUAUAUGUACUAUUGAGAAAAAAAAAUGGCACUCUAACAAUAAAUAAUAAGCAUAGCACACCUUGGACUUGUAGGCAUAACCAAUAAUAAUAAACACUUACCAAAUCUUUCGGCAUGCAUGUCUCCAAAAUUCAAGUUGACGUGAUGUCGUGAUGCCGAUAUUAGAUAUCCCAGAAGCACUCAAGCAUACAAUUAUGCCAGGACUUCAACCUGGGUGAACCAGAGAGGAUAUAUAACACUUGCUAGACCUUCGAUACCAUGUGCGAACCAAAAUACUUAUUAUGUUAUAUAUCCCAGAAGCACUCAGGCAUACAAUUAUGCCAGGACUUCAACCUGGGUGAACCAAAGAGGAUAUAUAACUCUUACUAGAACUUCGAUACCAUGUGCGAACCAAAAUACUUAUUAUGCUAUAUAUCCCAGAAGCACUCAGGCAUACAACUAUGCCAGGACUUCAACUUGGGUGAACCAAAGAGGAUAUAUAGCACUUGCUAGAACUUCAAAACCAUGUGCGAACCAAAGUACUUAUUAUGUUAUAUAUCCCAGAAGCACUCAGGCAUACAAUUAUGCCAGGCCUUCAACCUGGGUGAACCAAAGAGGAUAUAUAACACUUGCUAGAACUUCUAUAUCUUGUGCGAACCAAAAUACCUAUUAUGUUAUAUAUCCCAGAAGCACUCAGGCAUACAACUAUGCCAGUACUUCAACCUGGGUGAACCAAAGAGGAAAUAUAACACUUGCUAGAACUUUGAAACCAUGUGCAAACCAAAAUACUUAUUAUGUUAUAUAUCCCAGAAGCACUCAGGCAUACAACUAUGCUAGGACUUCAACCUGGGUGAACCAAAGAGGAUAUAUUACACUUGCUAGAACUUCAAAACCAUGUGCGAACCAAAGUAAUUAUUAUGUUAUAUAUCCCAGAAGCACUCAGGCAUACAAUUAUGCCAGGACUUCAACCUGGGUGAACCAGAGAGGAUAUAUAACGCUUGCUAGAACUUCAAUACCAUGUGCGAACCAAAAGUAAUGCUCAUGUUAUAUAUCCCAGAAGCACUCAGGCAUCCAAUUAUGCCAGGACUUCAACCUGGGUGAACCAAAGAGGAUAUAUAACACUUGCUAGAACUUCGAUUUACCAUGUGUGAACCAAAAUACUUAUUAUGUUAUAUAUCCCAGAAGCACUCAGGCAUACAACUAUGCCAGGACUUCAACCUGGGUGAACCAGAGAGGACAUAUAACAUUUGAGGGUCUCUACUGGUAUUCUGAAGAAAUCAAAGAUUUAUGCUGAAAAAGGAAGAUCUCGUAACUGAAGCUUAGGCUUAAAAGUUUAUGUAACGCAAUGAUUUCAAUCUAGAUAAUGAACAAGUAGAUCAUCUUGCGCACAGCCUUUAUGUGAUUCUUGUUCAGAAGAAGUGGAAUGUCAGAUUUCGUCUAGAUAAACAAAUGCAGACAUAACAAUAUCUUAAUGAAUCAAUAAAAGAAGGCAUUACAGGGUUGGAAAUUAGCACUUGCCCACUUGCCCAGGCGAGUGUCAAAACUACUUGGGCAAGUAAAAAUCCUAGGCUUUUUGUUGCAUUUAUUAAAGGCACUCGCCCAAUGGCCAGUGCUGUCAAAAUUAAGUUUCCAUCCCUGGCAUUACAGAUCAAUGAACCCAUUAAAAUGUAAAAUGGUAAUAGAAUGAUUAUAAUAUAAUGCGGAAUCCAUCAAUAAUGAUAAGAGCACAAAUAAAUGUUUAGGUAAGGAAAGACAUGUCUUGUGAAAUAAAAAUACUGAGAUCAAGUUACAGUUUGAGUUCUAAUAUAAACUACUCUAUUUUAGUCACACUGCUCAUCAGUGAAAAUGAUUUUAGUAAGAUGAGGUAUGGUUAAAGGGGGGUGGGGGGUCAGGGGCACCUCAGGAACCCCUUUAGCCAUGCCCUUGACAAAGUUUAGCAAUAAAAAAAAAAGAGGAAAAGCAAUAUUUCUGUUUGUUAUUUUUCUAUUUAUCUUUGUACUUUGUAUCGGUAUAUUGUUUUAUUAUAUCAUAAUUAAAUAAAUUUUGACCUCCAAAAGAAACGGAUAAAGUUGACCAGAAUUUAAAUACAGGGGUGGCAGAUUUUCCCCACUCACCAAUUUAAUCAAACACACUAACUGGCAAUACAAAAUGAUUUAAAAAGAUAAAAUGAUUUACCUUAGUUCGCCCUAACUUUGUAAAGUUCAACAAGGUUUGCCAUCCUUGGUCUGGGAUCCGGGACUGCAGCUUGAAGUAAAGCAACGUCCAAUCGGGCACACGAAUUUUGGGGCACUGUCCCCCAGUAUUGCUUCCAGGGCUUGCUUCGGGUCUUUUUUUCUCAGCAGCUGUUCUGCGAUAUCGCUCAUCACUUUAGCCACUUCAACAUUCUGGUCCACCUGAUCGGCGAAUAAAGAUGCAAGAGGCACCUGGAACUUAUCGCAAACAUCGCCGAUCAAGGUCCACAUAUCGCUUGUACUGUCCGGGUUGUCCUUUGCCGGGUCCUGUGUGCCUGAGCUCAGCGUCGAUUGACCGCCGUUUUUCACCUCAUCUCGAAGGGCCUCUAACUGGGGAAGCACAACUUCAAGUUUAGCCUUAAGCUUAAGAUUUUCAUCUUGACUCUUCUCGAUAUCCUCUAUGGAUAUGGCUGACCUUGAAUCGACUCCAAAUACUGUCUGUACGGGGUCAUGAAUUUUGUCCUUGUUGUUGUCACGUGUGUCAUCGCUGUUUGGCAAUCUUCAUUAUCUUGGCCAAUAUUUAGGCUGUUGAUGCCAUCAAUCAACCAACUGUACUUUUCUUCUUCGCCCGCUUUUAGUUUUUGCCGAAGUAUCGCGGAAACAACGCCGAAAGAAGAGGCUAUGAAUACCUCUUCUUUGUGAACUAGUCGUCGAUCCAAGUGCCCGCCAUUUUUAAGAUUCGAGAGUUGCACUGUGUUAAAUUCUUUUGGAAAGCUUGACACCAAAGGGCUACUCGACAUGAAUUUUCCUACAGGAAUGCCGCAUAUUUUGGAAUUAAGGAGAUACCAGUCCCUCGAAUCGCUCGUGGAGUGACACCCUUUCGAGUUUCAUUGCGUUUUGUCUGGUUUAAAUUUGUAGGUCUGGCUCAAACAGGGCAAGCAAUACGGGUUCCUAUGUUUCUCUUUUUUCUUUAUUUGCAUUUUUAUUUUCUUUCUUGCAUUAUCACAGAUGAAUGUCCUUUUUAUUUCCUCAGCGCGUUCUCUCAGAUUUGGAAGAAGGCUAUGAAAAGUCAAUGUUGACCAGAACUAAACCCUUUCUACAACUUAUUGUUUCAAAGACCCCUAAAAUUUAUAACUUUUUUUCGAAAGAGAAUGCGUUUUUGUUUGCUAUUUAUUGCAAUUUAUUGCAAUUUAUUGCGACAAUAUAAUUUUAGAAAAUACGAGAAAGCAACACUUUUUUAGUUUUACGCACGAGAAAUUCACUUUCAGCUUUUUUAGCCUGACGCUUAAUUCAUUCGCUGCCCUCCAAAAGCACCUUAACAAAGGCAAACAGGAAAUCAAGCUGGAAAAAGAAUCUUCCUUUGACGAGAUCAAGAGUACUAGUAAAAUAAGCAAAGGCUUGCCAUUCUGUAGAGGGUGGCUACGGUUUAGGUCAGACCUCAUGAAAAAAUUCUGAUGAACAAUCCCUUGUUAGCCGGGUGGACUUUCGAUAGGCCCUUUGCAAAACAAAAAAAGCAGCCGCCUUUUCUAAGAAAGCAAAGAGUUAUCUCCUAGACAUGUGCUGGACAGGGGAGAAAACUAGCAAGAAGGCAACCGCCUCUGAUGUGGUUUCCCAAAUAAAGAGUUUCAGAGCAGACACGGGCCAGAAAUGUCUGAGACUAACUAAGCGGCCAUAUUUGCUGAUUUUAGCAAAACUCCAAAGUAAUAAACGACAGAAGAAAGAAACACUACGAUUUUCAGAUCAACAUUUCUCAUACAUGCUUCUCUCUAAACGUAACAUUUUCCAUAUUAACAGAAAAUCUCGAAACUUAUCAACAUUUCUUAGCCUUAUAGACCAAUCAUCUUGUAUGAAGAGCUAGAAAAUAAAGGUUUGUUUGCUUUGCGUGACAGGUGUAGUUGAGAGAAGCUUGUCACGGUCGUAGAUUUUAAAAGGCAUCCAAGACAAAAAUACGGCAGUGUCCAAUUACUUUUUUAAAGCUCUGAGAGAUGAAAUGAUAUUUUUUAAAGGGAAAUUAAAAUUAGCAUCGUAGCUUUCUGGCAAGGAGAGAUAUGUGACCUCAAAGUUAUCAAAAAUUUGGAUUAAUCGAAAACUUAAGAAAAAAACAGUCAUUUAUUUGCCUCUGUUGAUUGACAAACCGUCAAUCAAAUUGACUGAUACUUACGUCUUACAUUUAUUAGGGAUGUAACAAUAUGUGUGCAAAGUCUCAGAGUAAUCGGUUGAAUACCAACGCAGUGAGAGCUCCAAACAUUUGACCAACUUUUAAGAAACCGAAAAACAGAGGGUUGUUCCAUCCCCCUCCAGAAAUAACCAAAACAGAAACCAUUUUGUCGGUUUGAGUUCUGGGGUAAGCCCCUCAAAGUGGCGAAGUUUCGUUGAAAUCGGUGAGAAGGCAUGUAGUACGACUACCUGGCACUCACGUGAACACACUCUUAGUGCUCUUCAAAGUGUGCCGUUGCACACCGGGACGAGAAACUAAACGAUUGUUUCUGUGGGCGAAUGCCUAUAUGCAUCAUUCGUCAUCAAUUUAAGCUCUUAGAUUUUGAGAAAUAAAAACUUUGCCCUGUAGGAAAACGAAAAAAAAAUGUCUUGAUCGAUUUCUUUCAAGCUUUGCCCUUGAUGCUAUCUUUGUCUAAAAGCUAUCAAAUCCAUCUUAGUCUUAGAAUAAUAAAAAAAGAAUACGAACUUCCUGGCUCUUUUCUUCAAUCUAGAUUAUUCCCUUAUAAAAACUAUUUUAUAUAGAAAUUUAAUUUUUUUUUGAUAGCUGUGAAAAGGUUCAGAUUUAUUUUGAAUUAUUCCAUAUAAUCAAAAACGGAGAUAACUUGAAGAAGAGUGAAGAGUUUCAAGAGCCCAUAUGGCCAUGCAAAUAUUCAACAUUUCCAAAAUAUGGUGGCAACAACCAAAAAAUUAAUUCGGCUCAUAUUCUCAAGUUAGAUAGGCCAUAUAGAGUAAAACAAACAAAUGCAUACUUCGUUUAGCUGAAUAUCGAUUUAUUUUCGAGAAAAUCGCUAAUAACUGAAUUCCGCCAAAAUGCCGAUUUUGACGCUCAAAAUUUCAGGCUUGGAGCGUUGCGUCGCAAAUUGAAAAAAAACCUGGACCGACAAAGAUUACCAAAUCUUAAAAAAUCAUUAAAAUGUAUGUUGUCAGCAGUUUGAGCAAUUCUUUACUAUUUAUUUACACGAUCUUAUUGAAUUUAUCCGACUAACUUCUUACUUCACAGAAAAAGUAGCCCGUUUUCUCACUAUGUGCCACACAAAAUCGCGAUUUUGGACUUUCGAUUCAGCGCGAUUAAAUCCAACUUCAAAGUUGGAUAAAAUGCGCCGAUUUGACGGUCGAAAAUGUACACAUACACACGCAUUUUACGUCUAAUUUUUUUUGUUUCGCAUUUUACGUCUAAUCUACAGCUUAUUUAACAUAAUAUCCUUUUACCUUUCCUGUUGCUCUUUUGAGGAAGAGGGCUACAUUCCUGAAAUUGUUGCAUCGUUCACUUAAAAGCAAAAUAAAAAGGUAGGAUAGUCAAUGCCUCCUGAUCAUGCUCUUGCAAAGCGUAUUCCGAGGUUUUUGAUUUCAGAUUUCAUGAUUCAAUGAAUCAUGAUAUUUUUUAAAUUAUUGUUUUAGGUGGUAAGGCCUAGGAUCAGCAAAGGGCAUAACCCAUCACUGCAGAUGUGCAAUAGAGCAAAGUGUGGUGUUAGAAUAUUUCUUUACUGAUUUAAAAGAAGUUGUGUAAGAGUCAAAACCACAACAAGAAAACCACAACUUUCACUGAAAUUUUUAUACAAGCCAAAUUUACAUUUAAACUUCUCUAGAGGCUACCAUGCCUUGUGAAGUUGCUCGUGCCAGUAGUAAGACUACGACCCAGAUAGCACGUCCUGAUAUUCACGUUAUCUUUCCGGGCAGUGAUCCGGAAGCUUACAUUUGCUUACAAAACCAUUACUGCGUAUCUCGAAACUCAAGAAACGCCUUGAGUAAUGAUUGCAUCAGUUGAUACAGCAGACUCGAGUGCGGGUCGCUAUACCUUAUGUUAGGGACUUAGCGUACACGUCCCCUGAGUGCUAAUUGUGCUGAUAUUGUAUAUUUUAAAAAGUGGCUUUUAAAAGAAUUAACCCUGUUAGUUAGAUAUUUAGUAAUCUUGCCCAAGAAGCUAGCCGAAUGAGCAGUGAUCUAUCCCCCCCAAAUAUAGUCCGGUCCAAAGCCAUCAAUGAAUUAUAUGGCAGUACAUUAAAGAUCAUAGAUGAUGCGUAAUGACGAAUUUAACACAAGCUGUUGUUUGAUCUGACCAGAAUUUUCACGCCCACUUCUAAAAGACUAACGUAUAGAUUUUAUUAGAGGAAAACAAAGUAAACAAAACCAUAGGAGAUGAACCUCGUUUGUCUCACGAUGGGGUCAGUUUGGGUGUUAAUCGCGACGUUUCGACUGCAAUACUGCCAGUCUUCAUCAGGCGGUGAGGUUGAUUGUUUACGUGUCGCUAUUUGUAGCACGUCGGUUCGCUGCUAUUGGUGACAAACGAAUAAAGUUCAUCUCCUACCUUAAACCACGAUGAACAAUAAACACAUAUUUUUUAACAAUAAACAUACCCAUAUUGUGCUUAUCUCCUCAAUCUUUCCUUCGAAGGUCAGAAAUUUAAGAAGUAAAUGACAACUUUUCAUAGACGACACGUUAAAAAGAAACAUUUCCAUAUUCAGCUAGAGCGGAUUACAACGGUACGCUAAUAAUCCGUAAGAUUUGCUGACAGGGCGUGGAUCUUUUCCCUGGCAAGGAAUUCAAGGUUUGCUUUGGAUAUUUUAGUCCAUGCAUUUACUACCACACUUGUCAACUAAUUCUGGCAAAAUAUCUAUAUAGGGCUGCUUUCGCUUGCUUGUUAUUGAAGAUACGUCCAGCUCGAGCACGGUGUAAAUCUGUAAUAACACGAGGGACAACCAGGAUGAGAAACUGAGAGGUUUACUCAGUCAAAUCUACAUGGUAACCGACAACGAAUAUUUAAGGAGUUUAACUUGCGGGAGCGGGUCCCUAAAGGACGCACACGCUGCUAAGUGUCACAAUAUAACGCAUCUUAUUAAAACAAAUCUCCCGCAGCAUCCGCACAGAAACCUUUGACAGCUUCCACUAGCCCACAAUUUCACAGAUGUUGUAUUUGUCAAAUAUGAUUGGAUGCUGAAGAGCAAAAGUCUUAAUAUUACUUCCUCAGUAAGCUCUUGGAUGCCUCAUAUCUUUCAAAAUCUUCGCCGCAAGUGCUGAAAGUUUUUUUUCGCUGUUAACCGAGAAAACAUCCUGUCAUCUCCUGAGGUGCGAGGAAGUCUUCCUUUUCAAAGAAACUGGAGCUGUUGCUGUGCUCAGCUCUUCGCUUUCGCAUUCUUCAAAAUGGUAGUGGGAUCAGCCUUCUUCCCAGUGCUUUCCUUCAGUAAGAUAGUUUUUCUAAGCAUUGGCGAGAUUCUUCCUUGGUGCUAUCGCUAACUUCAGAGCCUGUUGGUGCUGGACUUUCAUCCCCUGACGAUAUAUAUAUCUUCAUCCUCAGUUUCAGCAACUGCAGCAGCGCCAUCUCCAGUUUAGCUGCGCACAAUUUUAUUGCCUUGUCGCACAGCGUUUCUUGUUCUAGGGUUCUAGGGCAUACUUAUGUUUGCCACAGUUCAGAUGUCCUUUUGAGGACGAGAAAUGCUGGAAAGACUUGAUGUGACCCUCCUCUGAACACUUCCUUUUUCACAGGUUUCGUCGUCACUGUCAUUCUCGCGUGCUGCGGCUUUGCUAAUUCUGUAGUUUGUUUUGCGCUUUGUCAAGCUUUGACGGUUUGGAAAGAAACAUUGGAAAUCGCAUUAUCUGUAUGCUUGUUUAACUGAGGAAGAGGGCUGCUGCUUUGUUGGCAGAAACUUCCCCAAGAUAAAAAUUUUACCGCAAGCUAACUCCAUAUGCUCUUCACCUUAGCACACCUCCUUUGGUGUAUGCAACGUUAUUAAUAAAACUACUACUCGUCCCACUUCACUGGCGUUGAAUUUGCAGUAAGUACGCUGAGGACCGCUCACAGUUAUGCUGAGUCCAGCCAUUCCGCCAGAUCACCUAUGGCUGUCAUCAUUUGCGAUGCUGUCUCGAUGUCAUGGCCGGCAUUGAGAUUCUCAUUUGAUUUUCUAUUUUACAACCUCGCAGUCACGAGCCUUUCUACCUUGGGGGUUUGAAAAGUUAACGCGCUUCAGAUUGAUUCCUUGCUUGGUCAAGUUCUUCUGUAGAUGAUCGGUAAGGUGUUAGCGGUUAUGCUAACCAAACAAAAGUAAGAGAGCAGGAAGGUUCAAAACGUAUCACAAUUCAGUAAUUGUAGCAAGCAGUGGUUUUAAUCACCGAACUAGGUUGAUCUUUCGAUCUUUUUGUCUUAAAGACCGCAAAAUAGGCUUGUGUUACAUUCUUCAUUACGCAUCAUCUACGCUCUAUAAAGUACUGCCAUAUAAUUCAUUUUGGCUCUGGACUCGACUAUAUUUGAGGGGGAUAGAUCACUGUUUAAUCGGGUUGCUUCUUGGGCAAGAUUACUAAAUAUCUAACUAGCAGGGUUGAUUCUUUUAAAACCCACUGUUUAAAAUAUACAAUAUCAGCAUAAUUAACGCUCAGGGGACAUGUAUUUUACGCUAAGUCCCUGAUGUAAGGAAUACCAACCCUUACUCGAGUCUGCUGUAUCAGCUAGUGCAAUUAGUACUCUAAGAGAGUAAAUUCACAAGGCAUGGUAGCCUCUGGGGAAGACGAAGUGUAAAUAUCAAUUUGGCUUGUAUAAACUUUUCAGUGAAAGUUGUAGAUUUGACCCUUCUAUAGCUUCUUUUAAAUAAACAAUAUUCUAACACUGCACUUUGCUCUAUUGCACAUCUGCAGUAAUGGUCUUUGCAGAUCUUCAACUUUAUUCACCUAAAACAAUAAUUUAUAAAAUACCAUGAUUAAUUUAAUCAUGAUGCAUUUAAUUAUGAUCAGGAUUAGAUGAUUGUUUGCUCCUUUUUCAUACAUUAAAAACUUGACCUAAGUUCACGAAGCCACGUGUUUCACAGUCCAAUGUUCUAUUUUUGCGGAGUUGUCGCUUUCAGUAGACCUCAUUUUGAAUUAGCUGACGUUAUUCCGCACACGAGAAACAUGUUUCUCAACUAGCAACAUUCCGCCUCCAUUUGGUUCGCGGUUCGGUUGAAUACUAACAUUAAACAAAGGUCUCUUACGUGAAGUAACUACACCCUCCUUUUCGACGAAAUCGGAGUCAAGAAACCCCGAAAUACGCUUUGUAAGAGCAUGACCAGGAAGCGUUGACUAUCCUGCCAAGUUAUUUACCUUCAUGGGAACGAUGCAACAAUUUCAGGACUGUCGCCCUCUUCUUCAAAUAGCAACAUGAAAUGUAAGAGGAUGUUAUGUGAAAUAACGGCAGAUUGAAUGUAGAAUGUGAAACAAUUGAGUUUGCGCGUGUUGUGUACAUUUUCUACUACUUUUAAAUUUGAGUACAUCGCGCUGAAUCAUUUCCCCAAAAAUUAUUUGGAGAUCGAAAAGGACCACACUUCAUCUCCCAAAAGCCAGAUUUUGUGUAGUACAUAGUGAAAAAACGGGUUACUUUUGACUAUUUUUAUGUAGUAAGAAGUUGGUCGGAUAAAUUCAAUUAGAUUGUCUAAAUAACUAAUCAAGAAUUGCUCAAAUUGCUGGCAACACAUAUUUUAAUCUUAUUUUUUAAAUUUGGUACUUUUUAUCGUUUUUUCAAUUUUUGACGCGGCACUCCGAGAUUCACCUAAAUCUUUGGGCUUCAAAAGCGGCAUUCUGGGGGAAUUCAGUUAUGAUCGAUUUCCUCGAAAAUAUAUUGAUAUUCAGCCAAAUGAAAAAUGCUGUGAUUUAUUUCCCAUUGAGACCUAGCUACUUAACUUUGAAAUAUGAGCGAAAAUGAUUUUUCGGCUGUUGCCACCAAAUGUUGGACAGUUAGUAACAAUCGCUCUCAACUGUCAUAUCGAGUAACUGUGAGAUUUAUGGUGACCGUUUUAUAUCACAUCACCAGUGCGUUUAGUCGGUGGAACUGCGACAUACAAGGGCCGUGUCGAAAUUUUCUUCAAUGGGGCCUGGGGAACGAUUUGUCACGACUUCUGGGAACUAUCAGAAGCUAAUGUUAUCUGUCGUCAGCUGGGAUUCGAUGGAGGUCUACUAGCUCUUCGUAAUGCUGCUUACGGGCAAGGGUCAGGAAUCAUAUGGAUGGAUAAUGUCAAUUGUACGGGGAAGGAGGAAGCAAUAUCUAGGUGUAAACAUAAAGGAUGGAGGGUGUCAGAUUGCGACCACACUCAAGAUGCCAGUGUCAUUUGUACUCCAAAAGGUGGGGGUUAAGUAAAGUACUAGAAAAUAAAUGAAGUAAGAUAAAAAUAGACAUGGUUUUUUAAAUAACAAAGAAAAGUGGUAAUUGACCAAAACCGACGACGCCACAUGCGAGAUGCUGUUUCUGAGCCAGUGUAGAUAACGUAAAGAUUGAUUUGAUUUCAUGCGUUUUCACACAGUCCGUUUGGGUAAUGGCGUUUUAGCCAGUGACGGCCUCGUUCAAGUUUACCACAACAAAACAUGGGGCUGGAUCUGUGAUCAGCAUUGGGACCAAAACGACGCUGAUGUUGUUUGUGGCGAGCUUGGAUACUCAAACGCUCUUUCAACUUACAGCCAGCCCUUAAACAAACAUGGGAAUGUAUGGAUGAACAAUGUGCACUGUGCUGGCAAUGAAACAUCACUGUUUUUUUGUAGACACGACGGGUGGAAAAGACAUUACUGUCACAGUAGACAACUAGCCGGUGUGAUAUGCAAAACUCCCAAAGGUAAAUAAAAGACAUCUUGUAACCCUAUUUCCCGCAAAAAGGAUGCAAUUGAUGGAUUUUUAAUCCUUUAGGUAUUAGACGAACCCAACUCCACCUUCCCCACACAAAAACCCUUUCAGCAUCAUACUUCUCAGCAAAUGUGUUUUUGACAAAUAUUUCUUUGCCUUAGCAAUAAAACUAGCAAUCUGUUAAACAUGAGGCGAACAGGAACACAAAAGGUCUAACUUAAAUCAUUUAUCUCUUGAUUUCGUUCACGUGACAGUCAGGCUAGUUGGGGGAGCUACUUCAUAUCAAGGUCGAGUUGAAAUAUUUUACGAUGGAGUGUGGGGAACAAUAUGCCAUGAUCAUUGGGAGAUGCCAGAAGCCAAUGUAGUUUGUCGACAACUGGGAUUCGAACGAGCAUCAGAGGCUCUCCGUUCUGCAGCGUUUGGAGAAGGUUCAGGCGUGAUUUGGAUGGAUAACGUAAACUGUACUGGAAGUGAGACUGCAAUUACUCAUUGUAAACAUAACGGAUGGAGAACGACGGACUGCACGCAUAAACAAGAUGCCGGCGUGAUUUGCACACCAAAAGGUAAAAUAUAAUAUGCAAGAAGAAUAACAUCAAAAAAGUGAUAUACUUAUAAUAUUUGGCCAUUAUAACGAAAACUAAAAAAAUUUUUAGACAGUUGCCCUGCACGAUAACGAAGAUAUUUCUUUUAUAUGAAUACAAAUCAAAAACGAAAGAAAAAAGGGGACGGGAUUACCUUGUAAAAUUUGAAAUAUAUUAUCCAGCACAGGAUAAAAAGAAACAAUGGUAGGUCGAUGCCUUUUCAAAGUAUGCAAAACAGCAAACAUUUGCAAGUGUUCUCUGCUAACAAUUGGGUGAUACAUAACGCGUACAGCCGGCCGACCUAAAGCAUUUAUCGCGUUCGUUUUUUACCGUGCAGAAUCGCUUAACAUUUUAAUUACUCUCAACAUGGUGUAAUGGAUGAACAAAUAGUUUGUCUUGAGGACAUGAUUAUACCUUGCAAUCAAUGAACUAUCUUUCAGUAUCAAAAGCGCGAGAACGAAAGAGUUAUUCUAGUGAUUUGUUCGUCAAGUCACGCAGCAAAUCCUACGACAAUUAGCAGUGGCGAAGACAGAAAUGGUGUUUGACGUUCGAGAACAAAUAAAACUAGCCGCUUCUGCUCAUUAAGGUUUGGAAAGAGGAAAAGAGGCUUAAACUGCGUUGAAACCGCUCAUAACAUUAACUCCGAAGGCCACAAAGGCGUUUUGGGGAAAGACUGCUGGCAUUUAAUCGAAAUUCAGCGCAGCUGUCCGGCGGAAAUGAGAUACAUGGUUGACUACCAAAUAAUCAUAUGAUCGUAACAAGCGAUCGGGAUUGCUCGGAACUCUAAUGUCUAUUCUCUGCUUGUACAUUUGAUGGAGUUUUGAGUAAAUUUGCAUUUGUAAGGGCAAACUACAACCAUCGAGAACCCGAAUGGGAGCUCUGCUGCGACAUAAGUAAUUUAUGCCAUUAAGUAAGUAUAUGUUCUUCAAAGAAGAGCCAUUCUGCGCCAUGGACUCUCUUAGUUGUUUGUGAUGAACUGAUCGACUUUUAGAUUAUUUGACGAACGAGCUGAUGAUAUGAGGGUUUUGCUUCAAGAGGAAUGAAUCUCAAAUUUACUCCUAAUUAGUUCCUGUUCCUAGACCUGCUCCAUCGGAACCAAAGGAGGUUAAUAAAGAUGCUAUUUAUGGCUCAGUUGGUGUAGCCCUUGCUUUCACGUUUGUACUAUUGGUAAUUUUCAAACUUUGGAAAUACUGGAAACGUAAGUAGAAGUGCUAAUUUUAAUGGAACAUACCUAGGGUUGGAGAUUCUCAGAAGGGAUGCUUACUCGUCCGAGCUAAAUUAAAUUUACAGGAAAGAAACCAAAAAGGGGGUUGAGAAAGAAACGAAGGAGAGAAGAAGAGAUAGGAGAAAAGAAGAAACCAGAAGGGCUUGGCAAACGUGCAUCUCGGUAGAAUUUCAGAUCUCCUGACAUAGUAAUUCCUUUGAAUUUAUGUUGACACCUUUAAUUUCAAUGAACAUAGAUUUCAGGUGAUUAUGUACAAGAAAAAUUGUCCAUUCAUAGCAGGCAUAUGGAUGGAAUAAGGAAAUUAUAACCAGCAAUUGAUAAAUGCAGCCGUUCUCUGACCUAUUUCUCUAAUUUUUUCUUGCAAUUUUCAGGUCAAAACAGAGAUCGGUAAGAACUUAAGUUGAAUAUCUGGCUAGUAAAUAGGAAGCACGGACACAUAAUUAUCUGUCUGUUUAAUGACCCUGAGGGGGGUUUUGCAAGCUUGCAUUCUUAUAGCACUGGAGGUUUCUCCUAAAUACACCCAAAAGUUGCGAAGUAGUCAACAGUCAGAAGAUAAUUAUCAGCCUCGUUCGAUUGCCUUGAGGGAGCUUUUUUGCAGGCAUGAUAUUGGCUCCUAAAUACACCCAAAAUUUGCAUUGGUCUAAAGUGAGCAGAUCAUCAAUAUAUAAAAUAAUAUCUUUUUAUAGGUGUAUACCUGCCUAGAUUAGCAAAGACAUGCUUGCUAUCUUACAAGAUUAACAGCCUGGUUCGUGACCUGCCACAGCUCAACUAGUGGGUAAACAUUUUAUGGUGGGAAGGUUGUUUUGAGUCCAAAGCGGGGGGCUUGGGAGGGCUUUCAAACACCCGCCCGCAAGAGUUUCGCUUGAAGAGGACGAAAACCUGGCCGAUGAGAACGGCGCGGGGUACAUGUCUAGGCCAGCAGGUGGGAAGGGUAGGUUUUAGACUCUUGGCAUUGUCACUUUUUUAAGAGAAACCAAAUUUCGGCUUGUUGCCGGCUGAGCACGACUGAUAAGAUUUUUUGUCAGUCAGUUCUGGCUUCAAGAAAAGAUCCCCAUCUGUGAAGUGUUUCUAACUGCUGUCUCCGAUGUUUGAUUUCCUUUUAGACCGCAUGCGGUCCAUCGGGAACAAUUCUGGCCUCAAACUGUAAGUAAAAAAAUCAGCCAAAAUGUUGUCAGCUGAAUUCUGCGUGUAUUCGCGUAAAAUAGAUAUCUACGAUUUUCAAAGUUUUAGCAAUUGCACUGAUGUUAACUGAGUGCCAGAAGGGUGAUCUAUUGAAAGGUACUCGAAUAAGAGUAGGCAUGCAAUGGUAGUUGGCCAUGAAUCGUACCAACAAAUUGGAGCAGAUUUUAAUGAAUUCUGCAGGUCUAUUAUGUACCUGGCUAAAAUUAGUUGUUUUAGCUACUCAUGCAAGAUCCUCUCGCUGCUAAUCCACAAACGAAUCUAUGACUUUACGACUAUUCAAAUGCCGGUAUAUAGUCAACAAAUUAUCCAUAAACUAUGUCCUAAAACAUCUUCGUAAUCCCACAGUUGUUGGAGGGAGAUGUCAGGGUCUUGCUGAGUGUGGCACACUUUUCUUUUAAAUUACAGAAUGAGGCAUUUGAACUCGAAAACAGAAAUGCUGAUAAUGUCUUGGCUCGUGACUCAGGACUUAGUCCGGGAACCCGCUCAUGGGAAAUGGAAAGAGAAAAUGUAAACAUUGAGCACGGCAUUGGAGAUGGUGCGUUCGGUCUAGUCGCUCGGGGAACCGCGACUAACUUGCCAGGAAUAAACGGAAGAAUGACGGUGACCAUAAAAAGGCUAAAAGGUAUUCUACUUGGACCAAAAUUAGUUUAGUUCUCAAGACUAGCGCAUGUUUUGUCAUAGAUUUAAACGCAUAUCACAUUUCUGAAAUGUUUGCUUAAUUUUAUAAAGGUCUUUUUCGUUUGCAUAAAAAAUCUAGACAGCGGUGCAGUCGCGGAAAGAAACGAUUUGCUGUCAGAGCUCGAAAUUCUGAAAAAACUCGAACCUCAUCCUCACGUUAUCAAACUGCUGGGAUGCGUCACUGUAUCAGGUAAAUAGAAUUACAAAGCAGUUACAUUACAAAAAAUUAUAGAUCCAACUAAUGGCAUACGAAAGGAAAUAAUGUUUUCAAAUGUUUGACAUCAAAAUACUCUUUAUCUUUUGAAAUCAUCUUAAUUUCAUGCCCCACCAUUUUCGCAGAUUCAUCUAACAUUAUUUUAGUAUGAUGGCGGAGCUUUAAAGUUACCCAUCGUUUUUUGCUCUUUCGAUACGCAAAGCUCUCUUUAUUGGUUAUCUCCACGGCAUAGAUCUCUACUGAAGAUGAUAAACAUGAACCUUGUACGGGACCUCGUUGGCUACGAGCUCGCUGGUAUUCCAUUCUGAUCUAGGUGCCAAGGGUAUAGAGGCAGACUGAUUUUUUCUUUGUCCAGUCCUUGUAACAAUUAUGUUUCUUUGUAUAGGCAUCUUAUUAACAAUCUUUAUUUCUUUAACUUAGCUAGUUAGUAUUGUCCAAUACAUUUGAACGGAUGAACAUCAUUCAUUUUAAAGGAGAGUCCUUUUGUUUUCGUACUAAUAUAUUGUAUUAUAUAAAUGCUUCGUUAUAAAUCUUUUGCAGAUCCUUUGCUUGUAAUAUUCGAGUAUAUUCCUAACGGAGAUCUUUUGGGUUACUUAAAGAAGAGCCGAAAUACUACCCUGCAGUUGAUGAAGUUUUCUUGGCAAAUAGCUGAUGGCAUGGAGUAUUUGUCGUUUAAGGAGGUAAUCUUCUUUAAAAAAAAAAAAAUAGAAAAGGAACAAAUGAUUUCGGAUUCUUUUCCUACCUUAGAAACCAUUUAAUCUUUAUUCCGCCAGUAAUAAGUAUGCAUGUAAUUUUAUCGCUUUUCAAGAACUCAGAAAUAAGUCGAACCGUUCAAAAAUUUCUCCAAUAGACUUUGCCUUUGUCGUCUGAAAACAGCUCAAUAACAUGAGUGCUCACGCCCUAACAGAGGGAAUUAUUGCUGUGUGGGGUUCUCCAAUACGGCGGUUUCCUAGAAAACAUACACAAAAAAACAGAUACAAAAACAAAACAGUAGGACUGAACGUCACAGUUAUGCAAGUGGGUUGCCAGCAUAUUCAUAUGAUGUGUGAAGUACAGUUCAUAGUGAUGUAUAUUUAAGUUUACUGAGGUGAAGUUUAACGUAGCGAUAAUUCAAUUCACGAAUGUGAGAUUUGGAUCAUAAUUGCUUGAUUUGUUGCAUCCAAGUGUAGCGAGAAUGUGAUGUAUAACAUGUUCCGGUUAUAUUUACCCUGGAAUUAUGAUAUCAUAAAUUGGAAGUUAGAGUAUCUCGAUGAAAAGUGAUCUUACCCCUUGAGAAAGUUAAAAAGAGAGUGAACAAUUAAUGAAAAAAAGAUAGGUUUCAUGUUUAAAAAAAACAAAUUAAAAAACGAAAUUAAAAAAAAACAAACAAAAAAAACAAGUAGUCCGCUUUGUUGCAAAUUUGCAGAACCUAACUCUAGGGUAGACUUCAAGGGUGAAGUAACGAUAAGUUAUUCUUUGCAUUCUGUUUGAAAGAUUAUCCACCGCGACCUUGCAGCCCGCAAUGUCAUGGUUGGUGAGGGAGAGACAUGUAAAGUAACCAACUUUGGAAUGGCUCGAGACGUUGGCCGGGAAGGUGCCUAUCAAUGUAAAACAAAGGUAUCUGGAAAUCUAAUUUCAUACAAAUACUCAAAAUGAUUUUUCAACCUUACCCUUCGACAUUUUUUCACACAUAUUUUCUUGUAAUUUGCUACGGAUUAAAGCGAAGAGAGCAGACGAAAUGGACGGCUUUUGAAGCACUCGAGUAUGGACAAUAUACCACGAAAAGUGAUGUGUAAGUUGGAAACCGGUUUGCAAACUUUUCAAAGCUUGAUUCUGGCUAUAAAUGUAAUAUCUUUUGUAUGCGUUAAGACAGUGUCAGCAUAUCAUCACUCAUGAACAAUUUCUUAUUUGGUUUGUUUUCUCUAAUUCAGGUGGAGUUUUGGAAUUGUGCUUUACGAAAUAUUCACGAUAGGUAUGUGAGUUUGCUCGAAAAGAAAUCGCUCUUAAUCAUCCCUCUAAGAUCAAAAUUAAGAAAAUUGAAUUAAAAAGUUUUCCUUUGAAAACUGUCGCUGGUAGGUUUUCCUUUAAAGUGUUUAACAAGAGAGAAGACAGAGAGGUUAAGUUCUUACAUUCCCUGAUGGAAAAAAAGGAACGUUGCAGACAGACUCCUCUUUAAUUCCUAACCUAACAUUCAUUGUCCAAGUCAAAAACAUGACUGGCCAAAGUCGUAAACGCCUCGUUUUAAACUACAAGAUCUUCACGUUGGAAGUUAAGAAAAUUGAUCAAAUCAGUUUAAUGUUUAACUUCUUCACUUAAGGUGGCUCGCCUUAUCCAUCUUUUGAUAAUCAAGACGUGACAGAACUACUUGGAGUGGGCUACAGAAUGCCAAGACCACAACAUAUGGAUGAUGCUUUGUAAGUAACUGGAAUUUGGAAUCUCUCGAUUAUUUAAAUUAUUGUUCAUCCCUUGAGUUAUCCACGUGGUUUAUUUAUUUAUUUUAUCGCUCUUCAUGAUCGAUAAACUUUCCACAAUACAAAAAAUAAAAUCCUCCCUUACAAUAGAUCAUCAACAGCAAACAAAGAUAUUUAAAAUAUAAGUAAAUCGGGAACCUUUCAAUCUCAUAAAACCUUUUAUCCUAAUUUUUAGGUACAAAAUCAUGCUAGAUUGCUGGCAAGAGAAUCCGGAUAAUCGUCCAACCUUUGAGAAUCUUAGGAAAGACUUGAAGGAAAUGGAAAAUUAACAUCAGGUAAAAGAAAAGCAAAUGAAACGUGAUUCAAAUGCUUUGGGUUUCUUUUAUUUUAAUUCCUUCUUUUUUUUUUCUGGCAGAGGUUUAUCAACAUGCAAUUCAGCGACAACAAGCUCUACGAGAAUUUGGAUUGAGUUAUUUCUCAAAAAAGACUCAGUAGCACAUCCAGCUGUGAAUGUAGGAGAAAAACUUUAGUUAGUCUUGCAACACUUACGACAACACGUUCUUUUUUCGGAGGGACGGACCAUGAAACAAACAGAUAAAACAAACGAAAAGGGCUCCUACAAAAUCGUUCACAUUUCAAAAGUAAAAGCUGGUACUAACUCAUUUGUGGCUAGUCGCCUGAGAUACUUGUCCUAAUUCAAUGUCUUGCUAUUCUCCCAUUUUGAUGGUAGAUCUAGGCUGUUUUUUUUUGGAGGUUUUCUUUCUCAAUACUUUUUAAAAAUUAUCAUUGUUUAUUUCUAUUCAUUUAUUUUUUCCUUAAUUGAAUGGUUUUUUAUGAAACGGUGUUUCUCAUAGGGAAAAGGCUGAUCAUAGAAAGCGAGCCUCAUUCAAAGUUUUAAAAUACACAUCAGAUUUACAUAUAUUUUCCUUUGUUACUUAGUUUAGAUUACUGAUUUUACUUUAGGGCUAAUUUAAGUCCGAUAUUGUUUUUGAUGUUACUAUAAUGUCACUUUUCAUUUGCUCAGAUAUUUUGGCCUUUUAUCGGUGUAAAGGCCACUUUUGAGAGAGAUAACUGAUUAUGGAAGUUGUCGCUAAGGUCAGUUUGAGUUGAUCACUGUUAGAUUCGCCGUUAUCUCGAAUAGAGCAAAAGCGCAACGUCAACUUCCAAGAUUAAAAAGCAAGCGCGUAUGCAUUUGGUAAUUGAGCAGGAUAUUGUUGUGGAAGUUGUGGCAGCUGGGUAGUAAAGGAUUGAAAAGAAGCCUUCGAGAUUUAAGACUCUUCGUGCCUUCCGCUCAACAGCUGCAGAUGGCCCCUUGAGUCCAUACUAUUUAAAUAAUACGGUCGUGCACAUCGUUUAUUCCCCUUAAAUAAUUACUUUUUUGCAUUUAUUUAUGUUCUUAAGUCUAUGCUAUAUUUCAGUGUCUCAAUGGGGUGAUGGUACUUAGGACCACAGUUUAAAAUUUUGGCCAUUUUACGGCUAACGAUUAAUUUUUUUCCAAUGCGACAAAAAAAGGCCAAUUUUCAAUACCAUCGACUAUCCAGCUUUAUGUGCAGUAAUUAAUGUGCUAAAGAAAGGUAAAUGCGUUAUGAGAUACUAAAAUAAAGAAGACCAUGG